GCAUCGCAUCGCGGUUGCUUUGGUUGCCUCGUCGCCUUGCCCGAUAGCCAACACACAGGCCAGCACACGAUCAGCGCAGAGCAGCAGGUCCGUGUGUCCGGUCACGGCUCGCCUUCUCCACUAGAAGAGUUUGCGUGUGAGUGUAGUGUGUGCUCGAGAGUGGUGGUGUGUUUCUUUUUUUCGUCGGUUGUUUUGCAGCUGCCUGUCCGUUCGACUCGACACAACCCAAGUGCUUUCCAUUCAUUCGUCCACGUUUGUCCCAUCCGCGAGGAUCGUCGGUCGUCGCAGAAAAGCAGUGUGUGCGGGCAGCAUCUUUUUGCGCGCGCGUGUGUGAAAGUGUAAACUGCUAAGAAAAGUGCGUCGAUUUAUUAGAGAACAAAAACGUUGGCUUUCUUUUGCGUCCAGAACUGUCUGCAGUGCCGAGGACAGGGAUACCGUUUCCGUGUCUGUAUUCGAUGGAGCUAAAAUUAGGUCGCCAGUCGUAGAACAUCCUCUCCCUGCCGGCUGCCGGUGGUUGUCGUGCAAAUCUGCCGCAUGAUUAUUGUGCACCCGUAAACCGAGAACCGGGGGAAAAUCUAACGCUUGGUGUUGGUUGAGCGUGUGUUUGUGAGUGAGUGUGUGACCGUUUGUCGCAUAAACAGUGAGUGCAACGAACUAGUGUGAAGUUUUUUGUAUAAAUAAAGAAAUAAACAACAGACCGCCCAACGAUGGAUAAGCAGUACGUGCUAAAGAACAACAUGUAAGUGCCCGUAACGCUUUUGGAAGUGUUGUUUUGGGGGUUGUUCGCGUUUCGUUCUCUUUACACCGCUGGUUCCGUUUCGUUCGUUUUUCCCCCUUUCGUUUUCCCGGCAGCGCACUUUUCCCCGCUUGUUUACGAAUACCGUGCUUGCCAAGAAACACACAACGGACUGUCAAAAUCGUGUUCUAAACAAUAUUUAUCAUAAAUCUUAGUGUGCGCUGAUUCUUAUAGGACCUAUACUGUCAUACAAUUGCCAUAGCGCGCCAAACGAGCGCAUUUUCUUGCGUACAUUUCCAGAACAAUGCCGCAACACAUUCCCUCUUCCCCAAAAGAAGCAUCCACGUGACGCAUACAAGAAAAAACCCCUAAAAGUGCACGUGGACACGGCGAGCUACCUGGCGAGUAUUAUUUUUUAAGGGGCUAUUUUGUUUUGGUUGUUUUCGGCUCUCCCCCCUCCUUCUUGACAGACAAUCAACUUGACCUACUUUACGGCGGUGUGCUUACUGCGCGUCUUUAGGCAGCGGUAGAUUUUGAGUGUGACCGUCCGCAACCGGUUUCGCGUCGAGAAGCUGGUUCAGCUGUUGCAGUCGCCGCUGUUAUUCGGAUUCGGAUUUAUAGGCUUUUUCUGCGACAGCAGCAGACAUUGAACAUAGCCUUCCUUUGGCGUUUGGCUUCCCGUGGGUUUGGGGCGCAUUCGCGUGUGUUCGGUUUUCUAAUCUAAGCCAUGCUGAUGCUGACUGUGACCGGUGGUGACCUUAGACGCAAAACAAAGUUAUCGAUCGAGCGGGGUGGUUGCUGAUGGUGGUGCUGAUUGCGAUCGUUGGGAAUGGGAAAAUUUUCAAAACGGUCCGAGAGGAUGGAAUUAAUUUUAUGAAUUAUUGAUAGUAAGAAAAGCUAAAAAAAAUUAUUUUUUGUUAGACAACUUUAAUCCAUUAAUGUAGACCUUCUGCAAUUCCCAACUAAAAAAAGUUGUUGAAUCAUGUUUCAAUUGCCACACGCAAGAUUGCCGAAGAGACUUUUAAAUCAAACGGCUGGUAAUGUGAGAAUCGUCUAGAUAGAAUUCGACACCAUAAUUGUACACGGCUUACUUCACCCUUUUAAAGCUGGCUACAUUUCACAUCUGAUACAACGCAACACAAAACGCCCAUCGAACACACCAAUCGAAAGAUGCAACUAAAUAGCACUCCAGCAGAACCUUCUAGAAUUGGAUACUCAAUAGCCACACUGCCAAAUCGAAUUGCGCGAAUCUUUUCGUACGCAGCUCACUGUGCACCGUGCGUGCGUGUGUGUGUGCAUGUACGUGAGUGCAUUUGAAGGAAACAAACAUUAAUUAGUGUAGCAUAACCUAAGCAUCGGGCAGGAAGGAGGGGAGGGGUGGUUUGGCGCUGCGUACUGAUUGGCAAACGCUAUCGGCACUAUUUGGUCAACCCGCGGUUCGCUCAUGUGUGCCGCGUAAUCCUUGAUGCGUUACAGUGCGUUAGAAUUAGUAUAGAGGGUGGGGGAGGGGCGUUGUCGGUAUGGUUGGUUGCCUGCGGGUUCUAGGAAAUUGCCUGCGUGUAGUAAGCGGGGCCAUCGGGGCGUAUGCGGCACGUAAUCGCCCCGCCUUUGGACAGAUCGCUGUGAUUUGAGCGUCUGUCACCCGGCUGACAGCGUAGUAAAACCUGUCGGAAGCGGUACUACUAGCUGUCAAAACGUGUUUACGUUUUGUCGGUGACAUUUUCAUGGCUUCAUGGAAUGUCACAUUUUGAAUUUCUAAUUUCCAUUAAACGCUCAGAUUAGGUGUUGCUUAAAAACGCUUCUAAAUAAAUCUUCCAAUCGUUUAAUGCCUGUAUCCGAUGGCACAGAAAUCCUUCGAGGUCAAAUGUGUACAAAUAUGCGCGGUGCAAAACACCCCUCCCGGGUUGGCCCGGGCUCGAAACUAGGUUAGCUACGUUCUACUGCUGCUGCCACCGGGCUCUCUGCGCGUCGUCGAACUUUGGCUCGGUUCGUUGAGCCGCCUAUCCGUGUACGGAGCGCGCUGAGUGUUUCUAACAAAAAAAAAAUAUCCCCUCACCCGUCCACCCGUCCACGUGGCUGCCGACGCUCGCCCAUGAUGUUGCCACCGACACUGGGCGGCCUUCAAAACUACCACCUUCUCCGGCAGCACAGCUCCUCUCCGUUCCGGAGACAGCUUCCCCCACCACGCGCCUAUGAUGCGCUUAUGAAACUAAACAUUCGAGCGCAAAUUUGACCGUGUGCAGUGUGGAAAACGAGUUAGAAAACUAUAAAACCCCUUUGCCGUCACCACCACCAUCAGCCUGAUCACUUUCGCGAUCGCGCGGUCGAGCGGUUCUCGGCACAACCGUUUGCCCAACCCUCCAGCGCCAGUCAAGUGCGCACAUUUCACGACUGCACCCCGGCACAGUUUGGUGCAGUUGGUGAUGGAAGCUGCGCGCAUAGUUGAAUGAAUCGAACGCGAACGCAUUACGAAAGCGGUGCGGUAAGGCAUCCUUCACACACACACACACGCGCGUGUGUCACACCGUGACUGCUGGAGGUGUGCUGCAGAAUCCUCCACUCUACUCCGAAACAAACCGGUGUAAACUUAAACUUGGUAUCCCUCCUGUUGGCGAAUCUUUUUUCGCGAACGCUCUUAACCCUCGAGGGGCGACGAUUCGGCGGAGUUUGGGGGCAUGCGCAGGGUUUACGGUACCGGUUCGGUGUACCCUGUUUUUUGCAUGUGCACUCUUGCACUCUUGGCUGCCUGGGGCUUGCGAAAAAAUGUCCCCUUAAACCCCAUUCCUCGCUCCACCGCCAGUUGUGUCGCAGGGGAACGGGUUCUACGAGCGAUCGUUACCCUUGGAGUGUGAUCGCGUGUGUGUGUGUGUUUUUGUCUCUUGUUGCUGCUGCUGCUUGGUUGCAUUUUAGUUUGCCUCUUCGCCAGCCUGCCUGGUCGUUUCGUAAUCCGCGGUGUUCCGCUAAUCGAUGCCGAUCCGGGUUUCGUGGGACCGUUUGAUUUGGUGGAAUUGAUGAUUUUUUUAGCGGCAGCAAUAAAAGCAGAACAAAAGCUACGAUUUUUGUGAUUAUUUUGUUGGGGGAAUACAUUUUAAGGUGCAGAACAUGUUAUGAUUCAUCGUUAAUUUAUGGUAAACAAUUCAACAAUAUUAAUUAUGCAAAUCACUUUGAUGGCUUCAUUUCUAGCUGUUUAUAUCAAUAAGCAAAAAUAUUAAUGAACAACAGAUAGAAAAGAGUUAUCCUCUUCUCAAUGAGGUGCCCUUCUUGAAUCCACAAUUUGCAUAAUAUCAGGUCUUUGAGGGAUAAAAAAAAGGAUUCGAAAGUACCCAUGAAAUAUGAUCGUAAAUAUGUCUUAUAUCUGCUAAUCUCUAAUCUGCUAAUAAGUUUAGCAGCUACAGUUUAACCUAUCGCGUUCUGUUAAUUAGCCAACUGCUCAGCCCCCGUGCCGGAAGCCGAGGCGCAAUAGGCUCCGUAGAACAUUCGACAUUCGCCCCUUCCACGAUCUAGGUCAAAUGGCAACGCAUGGCAGAGGCCGUGUGUAGCAUGUUGAGCCGUGUUGUGUGCCAAUGCUUAGUGCGCAUGGAUAUAUCACUCUCGUGUCUGUCCUACCCGGAAGCGAACUUGAAGGAGAUCGUGUUAAGUUGUGUGAAUGCGUCCCCCGUCCCCGUCAUGAUUAGUCCACCUAAGCCGGUGGUGAUGAGCCACCUUUUUGCUUGAGGCUUUCCUAUUCACAGACGAUCGGCCUAAAACCUUUUAGCAGCAACACUUCUGCCCGCCCCUGUAGCUAAGUGACUGAUAAGCUGCAAACGCUGCUGUGAGUGUUCGAGCCCAGCCAGGGCAACAACACUUGACUCCGGGUGGUUGGUCACUCUUGGUCAGGCUGAUAAAAGCUGCCGGCCCUUUCGGUCUUUGUGUUCGUUGUUUCAACCCACCGUAGCACAUGACGUCAAGCUGGUCCGAGUAGUGCUGAUUUGAAUAUUGACCUCCUCAUCGCAGUGGAGCUGUCGGGCUAGGGCUACAGCUCGGCCAUCAAUAUGCCCUGCGGAAUGGAAAUUGGAGUGUGUACUCAUCAAUCACACCGAAUGGGGUUAGGAUAGGAGCAAGGGGCUUUGUGCAACGCUUCAGAAUGAUGUCGUUUGCGAGCAGAUGAGAAUGGCUGGUAUCUGAAGCUGUUAAUGAGAUACGGCAGCCUCAUCAUUCCGCAUGCGUCGUAGCUGUGCUGUGUAAAUAAAUUAUUAGAAACAGUUUUACAUUUUCAUCUCAUUAAGCAAAAACCCACUGGAACGUAUUGAAAAUCAAGUUCGAUGCACUUCAGCUGAUUGAUGGCCUUAAGGAAUGUGUUUACAAUUCCGUAGAAACUGUUAGUGGUUGUGUGGAAUUGAAAUGUAAGGUUGUUAACUGGCACCAGAGCAAUGAUUGCAUAGAAGGUGGUUCAGUUCUCGGUUUGUUAGAAACACUGACUGUUCAUAAUUUACAACCCACCCAGUUGUCGUGGUUGAGGGUGCAGGAAGCUAAACCCACACGUGAUGGAAAUACCUACUUCCUAACCAAUAAUCUCCAAAACCCUGAAAUUAUCAAAUCUACCCCUUCACAGGGAGCUACGCAGGGUAUGUGAAGGAUGCCCUUAUCGGCUUGUGCAAAGGUCGGUAAUUCCAAUUUUCGGUAACAUCUACGUCACAGUCACAAGGGGUGUGAUUUGGCCAAGGUACUCGUUGGAGGCAGGAAGUAGACGGAACUCUCUUAUCAUUAAAUUCCAAUGGAGGUUAUAGUUGGGAGGUUUCUAUAAUCCGCUAUGAAGGGUAACCUUACGUGGAGAAGGUUGCUUAGGAUGCAAUGGCAUUAGUGGAUAAAGCUCAUAUCUCCAUCCAGCAGAUAAUAUUGAACUACUAACGGUAUAAGCGACUCAAAACGUCGCAGUUUAGCCACAACCAGAGGUUACAAUCACAAAAUUCAAAGCUCACGUCCUACCCGACCCUUGAUAGGUUGUUGAUCCUUUCGGCAGUGAUUGGUGUACACCGUGAGGGAAUCAAAAUAUUUACAAAAACUACGCACCGCAUCAGCGAUAACAACGUCUCAAGGCUGUGUUGCGCAUCAGGAAAGAGAUGUCUAAAAAGAUUCAUAGUAAACAGUUUUUGCCUUUCCAAUCCAUCCGUCUCAAUCAUUUGUGCGUUAGCUUAGUUCUGUUCUUUUGUGUCUGAGUGUGAUUCAGAUAACUUAAAAAGAAACAGAACACAUAACAGGGCAUCGGCUUGAAACACAUGCUCGCCCGGUUUAACGCGCCGAACAGUUGUUGAGGAUGGCCGCCGCCUGCUACUCGGAUUCCUUAUCAGUGUAAAGUCCAUUCGAACUCCAAAGUCCAAACGCGACCUUUUGCUUCUCGCUGGACGACGCUUUAGCAGAGUAUGGAGGCGUACAGCAGCGGGGGUGCUACAUUUUUCAAACAACACCCCGUUCCCAUUUCGGUGAAGGGAGCUCACACUGAGGGUGGAUUGAUGCAGGUCUAACGAUAAGGAGCAGCGGUUGAAAUUGACUGCAAAUUUGCUGCACUUUUGUUGGGCGUUCGCUUGUCUUGUCGCAGUAAUACGACCAAUACUUAGACAAAUGUGUAUUAGAUCGAGUCUCCGUUUGAAGAGCUGAAUGUUGAUAAGGUGACCAACCUCUUGGUUGGAGAAUCAUUAGACUUUGAAAAAUUACAACCCGGCAUGGGCGUGGAGGUAGUUGUUACUCGUGUCGCUCCCUUGGAACCAUUGCGUCAAUUCUUACGCAACGGAGCGGGUUCAGCAUCUUAAGUGGCGUUCGCCGACCGGGGAUCACAGAGCACCGUUUUGAAAUUGCUAAUAAGUUCCUGCGGGAGCUAACAAGCGUUAUGCCAUUGGUCCGUGUAGCAGUUUUGGUACGUGACAUUUAAUUGAACAGUUAAAACGAAGUUUGCUCAAUGCUACCUCCAUCGGGGAUAGCAAACAAAUGAUGAGAAAUCUUCUAAAUAAACGUUGUAACACAUGGUGUCUACCGAUUUACCUUCAAGCUUCCUGAUUUGCAUGUUUGCUUGUUAAAGUUUUUUUUAUACUACGACAUUCGCUAGACGCUAUUUACCGACCAAAUGUAAAUAAUUGUAGAUGAUUCAUACAUCGGCAAUUGCUUUGUGGGUUGUCCAAUUUACUUAGCGGUACAGCUGUUCGAGUGCUGACAAGGCACAUUUGACGAAUUGAACUUCGUGAGAGCUUUUUUUUCUUUUUUUUCUUCUCGCUUUAAAUUAGUUGACACUGUAUGGUUUAUCGACACGCGAGGGUGACGUUUGAAGGAAUGAAAUUGAUUUCUCAUAUCGUUGUUCAGAGCCGAUUUCUUUUUUUUUUUUUUUCAAUUUCUGACUUUGGAUUAUUUGCACAAUUGUUCUUUGCGUUAAAUAAAUCUCUAUGAUAGCUAUUUCCUGAUUUUGAUUCGAUGUUUGCAUUUUAGAUAGCACAAAGAAGAUGAUCUGAAAGUAAAUUUAUAAAAGAAAAAAUAAUAAUAACACUGAAAGGAAGACUUUUUUAAAUAUCAUACUAAGAAUCAUUUAAAUGCAACAAAUGCUGAAAACAUUUUCAUAUCUUGUACUAAUUUUCACAUUUUUUUUCUUUUUGCACAUUAUUUCUUUUUGCACAUUGGAGGAUACUGCCAAUUCCGAAAAAAAUAAUUUAAAAAAGCUUGUACAAUUUGAGAUCAAUUGAUCGCAUCGAGCACUUGAGUACUUAGCGGACGGAAUUUCGGGUCUGAACAUUUCAAAAUCAAUUUCUUAUCAUUAGCAUUAUCGCUAAACUGCGACAAGCAUUAUCUUUUAGCUUUCGUUCCUUGGAGUUUGAUAAUGAGACACAUACAGUCUGAACAAUUAAUUCCCUUGACAUUUUUAGGAAUUAUAUUUUAUUUAAAGGAUAUCUGUUCAACAAAGAAAAGGAUGGGCUCAACCUAUACUUUCAAAAGCCCUUCAUUAAAAAAGCACUUGUUGCAUGCUUUAGCAAACUUGUUUGCAAGCCUCACCCGCAUGCAAUAAUGCAUCAUCAUCGCCAUGGAGAUCGACUAGGGCAGGUUUUUUAAUCUCUCCCUCUCUUGGCAAGCGUUUGCCGCUCACGCUCCGCUCACUUGUACUUCCUACAAAAGGGUGCGUGUCUAACCUUUACCGUGCUGCCGUGCCGCUGUGUUGGUUCUGCUUUACUGCUCCUUGCCUCGUCACCUCUCCUCUCCUGUAGCAGACGGAAGGGUGGCCAAGCUAGGGGUGAGGGUGUGAGAGCAAAACGGGCAGCCGCAGCUGGAAACAAAGAAUGAAACAGCUUCGAUUGCAUGAUGACGGAUGGUGGAUGGAGGGUGGUUAGGCGCUGAAGGUUGCGGUCGGUAAGGCAAACCCUCCCUUUUGCGCUUCCCCCGACCCGAAGGUACACAUCGGAUCGUACCAAUACAGUCGUACUCGAGGGCAGGGGCUCCGUGACUGUGUGUAUUUGUGUCUAUGGGGAGGGUUUUGGAGGACGUACGCAGCGAUUCACUGGCGUCUCCAUCGUCUUCUUCCACCGCCAUCCGCACACCGCUCAUCCACCGUCUGGCGUUGGCACACAGACACACAGCCACGUGUACGUGUGGUCGUGUGUGCGCGUAUAUCGUGGAUUUUUGCUUCCCACUUCGGUGCGCAACGAGCCGGAGCGGUGCGUUCGAGUCAAUCGUUCUUUAGCGCCCCGCGGGACACAGAGCACACAGCGAGACCUGCGUGUUCGGGCGUGCCUUCCGUAGACACAGAGUUUGCGCUUUGUCUGGCCGUGCGUGCGUGCGUGCGUGCACUACACGAAACAGCCAGCCGCAAUUUGCAGUGCGAGUGGAAAAUCGCGAAAAAGAAGUGACCCAAACUCCACUCACACGGAUUGAGAAAGAUCACGACGCGUGCGUGAAUCACUGUGUACGAAUACGAGGCGUGAAAGUGCACACGGUGCAGUGCUCGCCACCGUCUCAGUGAGAGGAAAUUGAAGCUUGCCUCACGGUACCGGAAGUGCGAUUCAAUACUCACCGCAGGCGGUAGGAAAAGUAGCGAAAGAUAAAACCCGUCGCUGGCGCGAGUGAGAGUGGUUUGAUUGCACAGAAGAAAAAAAGAGGGGGAAAAGGCAGGAAAGAGAAAGGAAAAAAUAGGCACAGUGUGGAAAGUGCAGCGUAUGAAAGUUCCACUGCAGGUGAAGCGAAAUUGCAUCCGCAAAGUGGUUGGGGUUUGUUUUUGUGUGGUGACUUACGACGCGAAUCUGUGACGCGAUCAGUGCGAUCUGUGUGGGGCGAAAAGGCUCCGACAAACACAAUUGAAUAGCAAAACACACAGAUUAUCAAAACCGCAACCCACCCCGUACGUCACAGUGACACUAGAACAGUUAGUGGUUAGGGUAAAGCGCGUGCGGGUAAGCGAGGAGACAGCAAAGGAAAGUGAAGCAACUUCCCUGCGUUUUGCGUGAUAAGCAAGAGUGCAUCGUAAUAAGAUUGCGUUACGGUGAUCGUUAGUUUUGCGCGUUUGCUGCCGCUUCUGUGGUCGUCUUUUUCUAGCUCCGGCGCGUUUGCCAGCAGAUAUACAAAGAAAGCGACACCAGAGGGAAAACGAACGUCCAACACAACGAACGAAACGAACGGUCGGUUGAGAACGAACACGCGCGUUAAAACACAGCCCAACAGACACAACCCAACAAAGCUUCCAACAUGGCGGAAGCGAUCGACCUUGCCGGUGGUAGCAGCGGUCUCACUAACAAUCUGCUCGAUGAUAACAAUAGGAAAAAUGGAUCGGUGCGGGUGCAGAUCGUACCGUCGCAGCCGAAGACGCUCUCCCAUCUGCCGACCCGGCCCCCCGUCGAUCUGGCCUUCCACAAUCUUUCGUACCGGGUCAAGGAAGGACGUCGCAACAAUGUGAAGACCAUUCUGAAGGAGGUGAGUGGCAAGCUUCGCUCCGGCGAGCUGACCGCCAUCAUGGGACCGUCCGGUGCUGGCAAGAGUACGCUCCUGAACAUCCUUUCAGGCUACAAGACAACGAACAUCGAUGGAUCGAUUACGAUGAAUGGCAAGGAGCGCAACUUGAGCCAGUUCCGCAAGCUUUCCGCCUACAUCAUGCAGGACAAUCAGCUGCACGCUAACUUGACCGUGGAGGAAGCAAUGAACGUGGCCGCCAGCUUGAAACUCAGCCAGAAGGUGGAGAAGAGCGAGAAGCAGCAUGUGAUCAAGGAGAUUCUGGAAACACUCGGUCUCGAGGAGCAUCGCCCAACGUUGACCCGCAACCUGUCCGGUGGGCAGCAGAAGCGUCUCUCGAUUGCGCUGGAGCUCGUCAACAAUCCGCCGAUCAUGUUCUUCGACGAACCAACGUCCGGCCUGGACAGCUCGACCUGCUUCCAGUGCGUGAGUUUGCUCAAGUUUUUGGCCCGCGGUGGCCGCACCAUCAUCUGCACGAUCCAUCAACCGUCGGCCCGUCUUUUCGAGAUGUUCGACCAGCUGUACACGCUGUCGGACGGGCAGUGCGUGUACCAGGGCAGCACGCGACAGCUGGUCCCGUUCCUGGGCACACUCGAUCUCGAGUGUCCGUCCUACCACAAUCCGGCCAGUUACGUUAUCGAGGUGUCGUGCGGUGAGCAUGGCGAUCAUACGCGCAAGCUGGUGAACGCGAUCGAGAACGGCAAGAAGGAUAUUCGCAGCGAGCUUGAUUUCCCGGCCCAGAAGAACAAGAAGAACGAAAAUGCGGCCAACGGAAAUGCUAACCUGAAGGUGAACUACGAGCGCAUGAAUGGUGGCGCAAACAAGUACGCGGACAAUCUGAAUCUGGGCGGCAAUGGGCUGCUGCCACCGUCGAUGGUGAACGAUAUUGCGAAGGAGACGGAAACGAUCAAGAUUGCCGUCGAGCCGGACCGGGAGCCGGAGGUGAACAGUGCGCUGCUGCCGGUGGAGGGUGCGACUGACAUUGACCACUCUCCGGAGCGAUAUCCGACGUCGGAGUUCCAUCAGUUUUGGGUGGUGCUUAAGCGAACGCUGCUUUUCAGCAGACGUGACUGGACUCUUAUGUACUUGCGUUUGUUUGCACACAUCCUGGUGGGUUUCCUGAUCGGCACACUGUACUACGAUAUCGGUAACGACGGCGCUAAGGUGCUCAGUAAUCUUGGUUUCCUGUUCUUCAACAUGCUGUUCCUGAUGUACACGUCCAUGACAAUCACGAUUCUUUCAUUCCCUCUCGAGAUGCCGGUACUGUUAAAGGAGAACUUUAAUCGAUGGUAUUCACUACGAUCGUACUAUCUCGCCAUCACCGUAUCGGACAUACCAUUCCAGACCAUCUUCUGCGUGUUCUACGUUUCGAUCGUCUACUACUUCACGUCGCAACCACUCGAGUGGUUCCGGUUCGCCAUGUUCCUGGGCUCGUGUUUGCUCAUCUCGUUCGUGGCGCAAAGUGUCGGUCUCGUCGUCGGUGCUGCAAUGAACGUACAGAACGGUGUCUUCCUGGCCCCGGUCAUGUCCGUACCAUUCCUGCUCUUCUCCGGCUUCUUCGUGUCCUUCGAUGCCAUUCCUAUCUACCUACGGUGGAUCACCUAUCUGUCCUACAUUCGUUACGGUUUUGAGGGAACUGCUCUGGCCACCUACUCGUACGGUCGCGAAAAGCUCAAGUGUCACCAGGUGUACUGUCAUUUCAAGUCGCCCACGACCACGCUCGAGGAGCUCGACAUGCUGGACGCUAACUUCACGCUCGACAUUGUGGCGCUGAUCGUCAUUUUUGUGGUGCUGCGAGUUGCUGCCUUCCUGUUCCUGCGCUGGAAGUUGAAGACCACCAGAUAAAUCGGAUGGACCAGAACGAUCGGCCGUCAUAGGCCGUGAUGUUUUGUUUUUGUGUAACGUUAACAUUUUAUGAAGAGAGCUUCGGUGCAAUUGUUGUACCGUUCUCUUCCAGAUCCACCCGAUACCAUCGUCGUAGCGUAAGCCAAAGUAGCGUUUAAUGUUUUUUCAAGUUCUUCUUUUACUGUACCAAAAAACAAAAACAAAAUAAUCCAAACAGACAAGCAAAAUAGAAAGGAGCAAAACACCGUGGACUAAUGGGAAUUUAACCCAGUUUGUCAAUGGUUUAAAGAACGUAAGAAUAGCAAAUCUAAAGACGGAAUUUAGCUCAGAUAACUUUCAAACACAAAUCGAAACAUAUCAGAACUCUUAAUAUCAACCACUACGAGGAACGCUCGUAUCGAGGAAAAAUAUAGCCACAAAAAUUGCCACAAGAUCACCUUAUUGGGUGCCUUUCUCGCUAGGUUGUGUGGCGUUCUACACCAAUAUGGUCCCAGUCCUGUCACCAAGAAAAAAAUGGGAAACUUUUGGAGCGUUUUUAUCGAUCAAGUUUUUUACAAGGUUUAUCUUUUUUGCAUACAGACUUUUACUGAUUAGGCUAAGCCGCACCGUACCGUGCGAGGGAAGCAUUGCAUUAGCUGAUAGAGGAAUGGGAUUUCUUUCUAUAAACGAUAUUGUGACAAGAGUAAAAAGUAUACAUAAGCUGAGUGCAUCGUGCAGUUGGAAGAGGUUGUAAAACAAAAAAACAGUCUAAAUGUGAUAACAUUUUUACGAAAAAGCAAUUACAUGAUCAACAAGCAUGUUUGACCAAGUGCAAUUAGUUAACGAGGAGUAACAUAAACAAGUGCAGAAAGCGAAUUAUAAAUGGAAUAAAAAGGAUACAAAUGGUUUUUUGAAAAUAA